AUGGGGAAGCGACAGCACCAGAAGGACAAGAUGUACAUCACCUGUGCUGAAUACACUCACUUCUGUGGUGGCAAGAAGCCAGAGAUCCCAAGGUCAAAUUUCCGUCGUCUACCUUUUGACCACUGCAGCCUCUCUCUGCAGCCCUUCACCCACCCAGUCUGCACUCCAGAAGGCAUCAUCUUUGACUUGCUGAAUAUUUAUCCAUGGCUUACAGAGUAUGGGAUCAAUCCCAGCAAUGGAGAGAAACUUGAUACAAAAUCCCUGGUCAUUCUGAAUUUUGCCAAAAACAGUGAAGGGAAGUACCACUGCCCGGUGCUGUUCACCGUGUUCACUGACAACACCCACAUUGUGGCUAUUAGGACAACUGGCAAUGUCUAUGCCUAUGAGGCAGUGGAACAGCUGAACAUCAAGGCCAAGAACUUCCGGGACCUGCUGACUGAUGAGCCCUUCUCUCGCCAGGAUGUCAUCACUCUCCAGGAUCCCACCAAUCUGGACAAAUUUAACAUCUCCAACUUCUUUCAUGUUAAGAAUAACAUGAAAGUAACAGACUCAAAUAAGGAAAAGGCCAAGCAAGACCCAUCUUACUAUUUGAAAAACACAAAUGCUGAGACCCGAGAGACCCUGAAGGAGCUCUACAAGGAAUUCAAAGGGGAUGAGAUCCUAGCAGCCACCAUGAAGCCCCCAGAGAAGAAAAAAGUGGAUCAGCUGAAUGUUGCCCACUAUUCCAUGGGGAAGGUCAGUGCUUCCUUUACCUCCACCGCCAUGGUGCCAGUGACAACUCAUGAAGCAGCUGCCAUCGAUGAAGAUGUGCUGCGAUACCAGUUUGUGAAGAAGAAGGGCUAUGUACGACUGCACACCAACAAGGGAGAUCUCAACCUGGAGCUGCAUUGCGACCUGACACCAAAAACCUGUGAGAACUUCAUCAAGCUCUGCAGGAAGCACUAUUACCAUGGCACCAUCUUUCAUAGGUCCAUCAAGAACUUUGUGAUCCAGGGUGGUGACCCCACAGGCACUGGCACAGGGGGGCAGUCGUACUGGGGCAAGCCCUUCGAAGAUGAGUUCCGACCCAACCUCUCUCACACAGGCCGUGGCAUCCUCAGUAUGGCCAACUCGGGGCCUAAUACCAACAAGUCUCAGUUCUUUAUCACAUUCCGCUCCUGUGCUUACCUGGAUAAGAAGCAUACCAUCUUUGGACGGGUUGUUGGGGGCUUUGAUACACUGACUUUCAUGGAGAAUAUAGAAAGUGACCCCCAAACUGACCGUCCUAAGGAGGAGAUCCGUAUCCAUAACACUACAGUGUUCGUGGACCCAUAUGAGGAAGCAGAUGCCCAGAUUGCCGAGGAACGGAAGAAGACACAGCUAAAAGAAGCCCCAGAGAUCAAGGUCAAGACCGGCCAAUCCCAAUCUGGUAGCCAAGGCCCCCAGACAUACCGUCAGGGGGUGGGCAAGUACAUCAACCCAGCAGCCAUAAAACGAGCAGCAGAAGAGCCAUCAGCUGCCUCUGAGACCAAGAAAAGGCCCAGACGGGCUUUUGGAGACUUCAACUCCUGGUAG